AUGAAAACGCUAGAAAUUUUUGAAGCAUAUUUACGAUUUGGGAAGUACGUAGGUCUUGUUCGACCAAACGUUGAUGUCCAUGGAAGAUACAAGGGUCUGAAACAGGUCAUGCUAUGGAUACAGUUUACAGUAGUGCUGAUUAUUCUAUGGUCUGGAGUGAUAAAAUUAAUCAUGAGUUUAACGAUAGAAGAUGACAUAGAAAAUAGAGGCCUGACAUUUCUGUGUGCUAUAGCUUUUUUUACUGGAACGGCUUUUAUAUCAACAACAACGUAUAUAGCAAUUUACAGAGAGUUUGACAAGUUCUGCUCACUUCUGGAUAAUCAUAGAAAAUGUUUUGGAGAUCAUGAUGGUUAUUCGUGGAUACAUAAAUCAAGAAACGCGCGACUGACUCUGUGGGUAUCCAUACCACUUAUGGCCAUACUCUGUGGUAUAUUUAUCUUGUUUACGUAUUAUAAUAACGGAGACUUGGCUAACUUAUUUUGGCCCUUUAAUUUCAACACAGUCCUGGAUUCUGUUAUAACCAUGGUGUACUAUAUAACAUUCCUCUUUUUCAACGUGUGGCAUCAAUUGCUGACAGGGUUUUUCUUCAUUUCUUCCUCAUUGUUAUUUAUUAAGGAAUUCAAGUUAAUCAACAACAAAUUGAAAACAGUAAUAUCAGAGUCAACAAAAUCUAUGUCACCACACGUGGAGGUUAUUCGGCAAGAACAUGCCAGUCUUGUGGGCUGCUUUGAAAGCAAUAAGAGCCUAUUUAAACAUUAUAUAUUUGCUAUUUACGCUGUAACUGUGCCAGCUAUUGGUUUCUUCUUGUAUGGUGCUAUCCGUGGUAAAAUGCAUCUGGCUGAGAUUGUAGCUUUGUUUUGUAUGGCACUGAUGAAUUCAUUGGCAAAUUUGUCUUACACGCUUAUAGGCGCGACUCUUCAUGCAAAAGCUCAUGAACCAUAUGAAAUAUUAAACAGAGUGGAUAUCCUAGAAGUCUCUGAUAAAACAGCAGAAUCGGUGUCCUUAUUUAUGAAAAGAUUAACAGGCCCACCAAUAAGUUAUUCUAUAUAUGGUAUGAUGACUCUCGAUUCUAGUGCUAUCUUACAGACGGUAUGUUUAACAAUAGAUUAUACUAUAUUUGGUAUGAUGACUCUCGAUUCUAGUGGUAUCUUACAGGUAUGUUUAACAGUAGAUUAUACUAUAUAUGGUAUGAUACUAGAUUUUAGUGCUAUACUACAGGUAUGUUUAACAGUAGAUUAUACUAUAUAUGGUAUGAUACUAGAUUCUAGUGCUAUCCUACAGCUAUGUUUAACAAUAGAUUAUACUACAUGUAUAUAUGAUGUGAUGAUACUAGAUUCUAGUACUAAACUACCGGUAUGUUUAACAAUAGAUUAUACUAUAUAUGGUAUGAUACUAGAUUUUAGUGCUAUACUACAGGUAUGUUUAACAAUAGAUUAUACUAUAUAUGGUAUGAUACUAGAUUCUAGUGCUAUUCUACAGCUAUGUUUAACAGUAGAUUAUACUACAUGUAUAUAUGAUGUGAUGAUACUAGAUUCUAGUACUAUCCUACCGGUAUGUUUAACAAUAGAUUAUACUACAUAUGGUAUGAUACUAGAUACUAGUGUUAUUCUACCGGUAUGUUUAACAAUAGAUUAUACUAUAUAUGAUAUGAUACUAGAUUCUAGUGCUAUUCUACAGGUAUGUUUAACAGUAGAUUAUACUAUAUAUAGUAUGGUGAUACUAGAUUCUAGUGCUAUUCUACCGGUAUGUUUAACAGUAGAUUAUACUAUAUAUGAUAUGAUACUAGAUUCUAGUGCUAUACUACAGUUAUUUGGUACAUUGGUAACAUAUGCUAUAGUAAUGUUACAGUUUGCAGGAUCACCCUCCUCUACUAUUGUCCAAUGUUACAAUACAACUUACUAA